UUCCUGCUCCAGAGUUUGAGACGUGGUGAAGCAGGGGGUUCCUCGCAACUGCUGAGAAUCCCUCAUCUCCCAGCAUGCCCCAUUCCAUGCAGCAGAAACACGCCCAACAGACGCUCCUUCUGUGUCAGGAUAUAAACGGCUCAAGGGAGGACGGACCAACUCCCCCAAGCUGGAGCCACAAACAAAGUUACCCAGAUUUUGAAAAAAUGGCUUGUGCAGCCGACAGCUGCAUCCAAUUCACGCGUCAUGCAAGUGAUGUUCUGCUCAACCUGAACCGACUGCGUAGCAGAGAUAUCUUUACAGAUGUCACGAUUCUGGUCAACAGACAACAGUUUCGAGCACACAAAACGGUCCUUAUGGCAUGCAGUGGGCUCUUCUACUCAAUCUUUACUGAUUCACACAAAUGUAACCUGAACGCCAUCAGUCUGGACCCGAAGGUCGACCCAGAGGGUUUUGCAAUCCUUCUGGAGUUCAUGUACACUUCACGUCUCACACUGAAGGAGAGCCUCAUCAUGGCCAUCAUGAACACAGCAAUCUAUUUACAGAUGGACCACGUUGUUGACACCUGCCACAGAUUCAUAAAGUCCAGUGACUCCUCCAUCAAACUACCCAGAGAGGACUUUCUCGUCAGCCCCCUGCUUUUACCUCAAGACGUUCACAGUUACAGACCCCAUGAGGUGAUGGAAAACGUUCCUGGACGGUCAGCGACUUUCAGAGAUGGGAGACCCUAUGGUGUCUGCAUGUUUAACGGGGUCAACGCUCCUAACAGCUCGUACCUUUACAGCCAGUUUCCAAUGCAAGGUUUUCCCUUUCCUCUUUGCAAGCUGACAGACACCAAAAACACUUUCUCAGACUUCUCAAAGGGAGGCAUCAUCCAUCACAAACACUGCUCGCCGGCUGAUGGCAACAACCCCAUCCUGGCCGACUUCACCCGCAGCACCACCGGCGGGAGCUCAACCGCUUGCCAUGCCGGCUCAUACUCCUCGAGAGAGCUGGGAAGAGAUGAGGAAAUGAAGCGGGAGACCUUGGAGGGAGUGGUCCAUUCGAUUGGGAUGAGCUCCAGAAAGCACAGCUUCACCAGCCUGGCCCAGGAGCAGCAGAGGGAGACUGGGAAAGAGCAAAGUUCCCUGGCAGAGGAACAUUUGAGCCACCAACACUACUCCAUGGGCAUAUCCUCUAAUGGACGCAAAACCUUGAUGAGCAGCCCUCAGAGCCCCCUCAAAUCAGACUGCCAGCCUAAUUCCCCAACGGAAUCGAGCAGCAGCAAAAAUGCUGCCCUCACGCAGGCCUCUCAACCUCCAACCUCUCAAGGUACUCAAGACCCUAAAGCUCGUAACUGGAAGAAAUACAAAUUCAUUGUUCUCAAUCAGAGCUCCAAGGAGGAGGAGACCAGUCCUCGUGACCCUGGAAUGCACUCCCCGCAGAGGCCGGGCUUGUCUGCUUUUCUUCACCAUGUCGAUUCUGAACAUCCCGACUCGAAGGCGACAACAAAGAUCAGCGAGCAAGGCGAGGACUUCACUGUGCCUCAGGCCAGUCGCCUCAACAACAUCAUCAACAGCAGAACUCUAGAGGGAUCGCAGAGGAACAGCGACAGCCACUCUUCGCGCUAUACAAGCCAUUUAAAAUGCUCGUCCUGUGGCUCCCAGUCUCCACAGCACUCUGACGUCUGUCCCAACACAUCCGCCUCGCGUCUGGCCGAGGAAAUGUCUGAGAUGCACUCGGAGUACUCUGAUUCCAGCUGUGAAAAUGGAACAUACUUUUGUAAUGAAUGUGACUCCAAGUUUGCAGAGGAGGAAGCCUUGAAACGCCACACGCUUCAGGUCCACAGCGACAAGCCAUACAAAUGUGACCGUUGCCAAGCAGCAUUCCGCUACAAGGGAAACCUUGCCAGUCACAAAACCGUUCACACCGGAGAGAAACCAUAUAGAUGCAAUAUCUGCGGAGCUCAGUUCAACAGACCAGCUAACCUCAAAACCCACACACGAAUUCACUCCGGAGAAAAGCCAUACAAGUGUGAGACCUGCGGCGCUAGAUUUGUGCAGGUUGCUCACCUUCGGGCUCACGUCCUGAUUCAUACCGGAGAGAAGCCAUAUCCAUGCGAGAUCUGUGGCACUCGUUUCCGCCAUUUGCAGACACUGAAAAGUCACCUGCGAAUACACACGGGAGAAAAGCCCUAUCAUUGUGAGAAAUGCAACUUGCAUUUUCGCCACAAGAGUCAGCUGCGGUUACACCUGCGGCAGAAGCACGGCGCAAUCACCAACACCAAGAUCCAAUAUCGCAUGUCCUCAACAGACCUGCCGACCGACUUGACGAAGGCAUGCUGAGCAGGCACUUAGUGGCGGACCUGACCAUGGCAUUAUAUGACCUGACUUGUACAAUCAUUCAAAAUUUUAGUGCCACACUGUGUUAUUCGGACAAA